AUGGGCCCAAUCUAUGUCAUUAGGGAAGACGAGUGGAACAAGCCUCACGUUAUAGAGUUUAUGGUUUCUCCUAACGAAAUCCACGACAAUGUGAUUAAGGUGAGCCUUGGAGUAGUUAUUAUGCAGGGUGGAGCCAUCGUAGAGAGGAAAUCAAUUGCCUUGAGUGUCCCUAUUCCAUGGAUCAGGAAGAGUAACAAACCCGUACGCAUGCGCAUCCUGAUACCGAAGUGGACCGAGAUGGUGAAGAAAAACCCUAAGAUUGGGAAGAGAGCGAAGACUCUGAAGAAGGCCAUGGCACCCAAAGCCAAGAAAUAA